AUGGAGCGCGAAUUUAUAGUUUGCGACCUCGAUCAAUUCAUGAGCUCAUACCUGCCUUUUGUGCCGUCAGAAGCAGAUGUUUCCAGCUGCAUAUCUCAGUGCCUUCGGCCAGAUAGCAUGGUGGUUGGGACUGGUGACACGACCCGCUUCAUGCUCUAUCUCUCUCCACCGGACGGCUCACAAUCAGAGAUGAAGACGUACAGAAAUUUGGAAAAAAUUAGUGCAUCCAUCGCUAAAUUUGAGUAUCCCGGUAGAACUCGAAACAGGUUUCACUAUAAGCACACUCCGUACGCCUCUAUCGCCAAGUCUACUCAUAAAAUUGACGCAUGCUUCACUGCGGACACCUUUUCGUCCGAAUCGAAGAUAUUGAACACCUAUGCGAUGGCAGUUCCAAUGGAGCAUAAGGUUGACCCUGCUCAGAGAUACGAUAGCAACACCAAAGUAGUUUCAGCCAAUAAACCAAAGAAGCUUAUCAAGGUCUUCUUGUCCAUCUUAUUUGCAACCGAGGAGGGUCUUGGCUAUGACCCCCUAAUUACACGGGAGGCAGACUCAAAUUACACGUUCGAAAUACCUCAAGUAAAUGCCCCGAGUCGCUUCUUCCGAACGAUCAGCCCUAUUAGCGUCUACAAUUCCAAUAACAGCACUGGAAGAAUGACUCGAAUUUAUCUCGCCGAAGACCUUAGUACUAAUCCUCCCAAGCGGUGUGUUUUGAAGGACGUUUGGAUUGAUUCUACAGAACAGACUGAAGGCCAAAUUCAACAAGCACUUUUUGACGAUAUCGAGGCAUUUUGGAAAGAGGAACCAGCCACACCGACGGUACCUGGCGACGAGGACGACAUUAACUUUUUUAGGUCUCUUCAUUCCGAUCUAGUCAAAAGUAAACGGUACAAAGACUUUUUCCUUAGUAUUGAAACCGAUUAUGCCAGUCCAGCUUUGCAUGACGUAGCUCCUAAGGCCGUCCCUGUAAGGGGUUUGCUUACUGCUCCUGCUCCUGCCACCCCCCUACCCCCUGCAUUUUCCAAUUCUGGUCCGGUACCCGAUUCUGCUCGCAAAAGCCCUACUCCAAGAAGCUCCCUAAGAUCUGCUGGCACGACACGUCCAAUGACCAAGGCCAGAGGACAACUUGCAAACUCAAAGCCUGUUGCACCACGUAGGUACAUGCCAAAGAAGCGGUACCGCGUGGUAUUCCGAGAAAUAUGUACCCCCGUAGGAAAUCUAGGCAAGCUGGGUGAAGUCGUUGACGUACUUCAGCAAGUCCUAAUCCCCUAUAAGAGUACUGAAGCCGUCUCCGAUGGCACCAUGUUGAACUGGCAGGCAAAACUUUCAGACCUUGAAUAUGCAAAGAAAUUUCCGCCUCCAGACGGCUAUAAAGGCGCCAGUGACCCUAAAACGGGUACACCUUACUUUAUGGCACAUGAAGUCCUUGGGAGGAGUUAUAUAUUCCAACCAGUUGCGACUGAAGCAAGAUCAGUGACAUCGGAUGAAUCAACAAAUCCUUUUGCACCAGUGUCAGAGAUGAUAGUUGGUGUAAAUAGGGAAGUUGUUGCCCACAACUUCCAGCAUGACCUAGAAUCGAUUUGGUGGCUACUUCUGUGGACAAUGGCCUGCCGAAUUGAUUGCAAAUCGUCCCAUGCAUGGGCAAGGCCAAUCUUUCAAAACGUUGAAGACCUCACCGAGGAACGAGCCCAUUGUUUCUGUUACCCAAUCAAUCAAGCCAUAUCGGUCUCAUUUCACAAAGACAUAUCCGAAUUUGCGAAACCUAUGGAAAAAGUAAGGCUUAUAAUGCACACUGCCUACUUUGACCGUGUCAGCCUUCGUCGACAUUUUGCUCCAGCGGCCUACGUGAAGUUUCAUCGAUUGUUUCGACUAUUCUUCAUGGGCAUCCAGCUCAUUUCAACAUCCGACUGGCGUGAAAUUCCUCUUAUUCCAGACGAUCUUACCGUGAAGAGGAACCUCAAAAUUCUCUGUUAA